AUGGCUAAGGCGACCAGACCUAUUCAGCGUAACGAGGAACAUUAUGUCGCCAAGAUGAACUUCAGGAGCGAGAAGAUUUUACAAAGUCAAAUUCAACGAUUAAACAAAGAGAAACUUUUGCAUGUGAAAGGCUUGAACGCCCAGAUACGAAGCUACGAGCGGAAACUCCAAAAAAUAAAAGACAGGGUUCUUGAAGUUGACAAGCUUUCGCGGAACUCUUCGGAUCCAUCUCAACGGCUUCCUACUCGAGAUCACUUUAGCAAACUAUCAAGCGAUACAACUCGCCAAAGACAAAUGGCAACCGGCGUUGGUUACUCCUACAUAGACCAACUUCUUGGAGCAUCGAAACCCCUUGUAAGUCGACCGUUGAGAUGGGGAAUAAACCCAUCUCUACCAAGUCUUCAACAACAGCCUUCUAAACCGAUUACUCUGGUCAGUGAUUCUUUCAACUCUAAGGCAUUUUUGACGGAGAUUAAAGGUCAGCCAAUCUAUCUUCGACCGCGAGAGGCCGUGUUUCUUAAAAGGCAACUCAGGCCCAAUGCUCUUUUACUGCCUCCCAUUACUUUGAAACAGAAAGACUUCGACGAAAAGGGAUCAGAAAAUAGUUUGAUUCCGAGGGAUUCUCUUUCCGAAAAAGCUAAACUCCAAGAACUGGAUCUCUCGAGGGAAGAUUACGAAACGAAAAAUCAAGAUGGAGCUUCUCAACUCUCUCCUAUUCCUGAGAUUGUGGAUGAAACUGUGCCAGUUUCGAGAGAAGCGCGGAAAAAUGAUAGACAAGAAACAGCUGAAAUUUCAGGACAAAAAGAAGCGACGUUAGAGGAAGAACCGACUGGUUCUGAAACAUCCAACUUUUUGAGUGAACCUAUUAACAUCGUUGUUGAAAAUCGCGAGCCAGUUUUGGACAAGGAAAUGAAUGAGCUUCGCAGUUCAUCUUUAGAUGGUCAUUCUUCUACCGAGUGCGAGUUUCCAACGCAUGGCUCAGAAAAUUUUACACGAAGCACAGAGCUGCUGCAUGAAGCAAAUGACCAGCAAAACGAAAACAAGUCUAAUUCUUCUCGCCAUGAGCUUCAUGGUCGAAGAUUUUCGUUGUGAGCUAGAUCACAAUUCAGCAGUUGUGCGUGCCGCUAGUCACUUUUGAGCAAAAAAACCAUACCGGGAUGAACCCGCCGUUUCAAUUAGCCAUAUUUACUUAUUCGCCAAUGUUAAUUAAAAAUCAGUUAAAUAGUCCAUUUAUAGAGGUUAUACAUACAGUUAUUUGUAUAUAUUAAUAGACGUUAUACACAGAUGACAAUUUUUUCUCGUUAUUGUGUAGACUAACUAUGUUGACAUGUACAUGAUGAAAUAGCCACUAUUUAUAUUGCAGUUCAGUGCGGCUAAUUCAGUCCCGCUGACAAAUUUAGAAACAUUAGAAAUAAACAAAAAAAACAUUUAUAUCAUCCGUUUGGGUGAAAUAGUGUAUAAUAUUUUUUUUUUAAAAAAAAAUGAAUAAUUGUAUUUGACAAAAAUAAAAAACAAUCUGUUUUUUUCCCUGCGACUUGUAAAGUGGGCAUUUCUGAGUGCAAUGACUUCCACAAGGCUCAGGUAAUUACAUGUAAUGUAUAUGGCAGUGCCAAUAAGAGGGCCGGAGGCUCUUGGUGGCAAACCUGGCAGCUCAAAAAACCUCUCACCACCAUCUCUCGCUGGGUAGUCUAUUAGUCCUACAGUUGAAACCCUUUAAGCCCCGCCGCCCCAGAGAUAUCCACAUGCGAAUUCUCAAGACUUAUCUCCAUACAUCUCCUUAAAGAAUGUUGAGAGAAUUUGAAAAAAGAUCAAAGAAUUAUCCCUUUUGAUCAUUUUCUUAAUUCUCAUACACUUUUCUCUCAAUGAUGUAUAAUAACUGUUAGGAGAAAAUUGAUGUUGGUCACUUUUGGGAGAGAAAGAGUUAAACUGGCUGAGAACUGAUCUCUCAGGCCGCGAGCUUUAGUUUCCUCUCUCCCCAAGCCAUGCUCCGCGUAAUUGCUCCGUGAGGCUCGAUUAGCAGCCGCGGUUUUUGUGGCGCUCGGAUCCGAGAUCAGCCAGGGACGCGUGGCCGUUUCUCACGUGUUUCUCCCCGCCGCAUUUCCCCUAGACUUGCUACAAGUCGACCUCUAGGCGAGCGGAGCGAGUGUUUUUAGGCCGCGGAGCGGCCCACCGAGUGACGAAGUCGUUAGAGGUCCUAAGCCAUAUUAAAGACCAUCAAAUCUGACGAAGGACUUUUUUGAAAGUCUACCUUUCCCCGACCGCCUGCUUGCGCUUCCUAGACUCUCAGACAGUCGUUUGCUCUUUUAGCUUUGUCUUUUAUUGGCCACUAUAUAACCUUAGGUGAAUUUGUAUUACGAAAUUACCAGAUUUGCAGGAUUUGUAGGGUGAACAAGCAAUUUUCGAACCAUAAACGAAAAGUUUUGGGUCUUGGGUUUGAUUUACUACUACUUGUAAUGACUGACUUGUCACGUUUUACAUCAAGUAAUAAUUACAACUUGAGAAGUUAGGCUAACCUUGACGUAUUUUGUGUUUGUUUGUCAGUUGUUGUUGAUUUUGUUGUUUUGCUUAUUUUGUGUUGAUUUGCUCUUGGCCCACUCGGCCCAGUCCUCGACAUGUGCUGGCUGAAGGACGUUCAAUGGGGUCAGCGAAUUCAACCUAAAAAAUAUGCUUCAACUCGCAAAAUCCAUGUGCGUAUAUUGAACUUCAUGUGAAAAUAUACGAAUAUUACCGUGUACAUGUGCUCCGAUCUUCCCUCGUCUCGCUUAAAUAAGACAUCAACUUCCUUUCCUGGAAGGUCAGCCUUCAUUGUGUAAUUAUGAGGAAUUCUUCAGCGCCAUUCAAACGGGCGCUGUCCAUGAAAGACGGCGAGAUGAACGGUGUAAACGGCGUUUCCCCUCUGCACAACUUCGUGAAAGCGAAGCAAAAGAUAAACUCUACUUUUGGUGACAUUGGGAAGUACCUAGAGGACUGUAACAACUUUUUAUCGGGUUGUAUAAUAGCUGAUGAAAGUAACGAAGAGAUCAAGAAGUUUACUAGCGAGGUCAGUGGAUUAAGCUUUUAUACAUCCAGAAGCCUUUUAAUUUUGAUUCUUACCUUACGUAAUUACACAGGUUUAUUAAAUUUGUGAACAAAUAUUUUUAAUUCAUCGACACUCGCGGGAACACUAGAUUUCAUGGUUAUUAGUAAGCAAAUACAGUUCAAACCUCUACUGACGGUCACCUCUCGUCAACAGCCACCUCUCUAGAAUGGCCACUUCCUUCUGUCCCCAAGGGGGCCAUUGUAGAGAGGUUCAACUGUCACUAUUUUGUACCUCAUUACCCACAAUUGGGUGUUUAGCUGCUUUCGAGAAAGGAAUAAGUAAGGAAGCUUAGUAACUAAUUAGUAACACAGGGGCGGAUCCAGAAUUUUUUUUUUUAGGAGGGGGUGCACUCGUCUCUUGCUCUACUUCAACACCAGUAAACCACAUAGUUCUUUUUUUUUUUGCAGAAUACCAGUUGUAUUAGAAAACCGCAGGUCAUCUCAGAGAGGGGUGCGCACCCCCUGCACCCUCCCCCUAGAUCCGCCCCUGUAACAUGUCUUCGUGUCUUGUCGUCUUUCUUACUCCCUUACUCUUCUGUAGACUUACGAGACCCUGUUAGGGUUAAAUUCCGACGAGUGACACAGCCUUGAAAUAGCGACAUAAGAUAGAUAAAAUGGCAACAGACAACAUGAACAUGGAUUGAAACUGCGACAGUGAUGAGGAAAAUCACAAAUACAAUAGUAUAAUACUGUCAGCAACACGACCUCCUCUUCAAUACUUAUAUGAGGGCUUUUGAAAUUCAGAUUAGGGUUAAGGGAUGUCAUGCUUACUUCCCUCCCCCUCCUAAGAGAGUCUCAAUUAUUAGGAACUUGUAACUACCUAUAGAUACACUUAGGGUGGAUUCACUUGAAACAAAUGUGUAUGUAUAUGUAGCUGCAUGGUGGAAAUGAUUAUGGAAUUCCAAGGGUGUGGUGGAUGACCCACUUUUAAAAUUCCAAAGGCAAGGGGAAGAGGGUUAAAAUAUAGAAGCUGUCUGUGGUAUGGUAUGGAUGCCCAACCACUUGGCUUCUUGUAGUUCUUGAAAAGAUCUGCUGUUUUCUAGAAUUUGUUUGUUUGCAGGGGGCAGUGUAGGCAGUGUAGUGUAAGAAGAUCAUUCCAGUUACAGAUGCAACUUUUGCAGUUGUUAAAAGAAAGCCUGAAAAAGAUACAGGCACCAAAGCUGCAUCUGAAACUGCAAUGAUCUUCUUUAUGUUUAUAUUCUUCUCCUGCAGUUCUAAUAUAUGAUUUUAAAACAUUCAUUAUUUCUAUUUCAUCCUUCCUUAUAACAAAUCAACUAAAUGAUGAGCUCCGAGUUGGCUUAUUACCUAAAUUUAAUUUGUAGAGCACUACACUGGUAUUCCAGGCUUUUAUUUCACAGUUGCAAAAGCUGAGUCUGCUCUUGGGAUGAACUUCUUGAACAUUUAAAACGAUAAACUGUUAUUCAAGUUAGGAAAUUUUAAUCUCUUAUAUUAAGAUUUGUGUCAUAUUUAUACUUGAACAGGUGUCAGGCUUUCUAGCUCAAGUUUCAGGCAUAUCAGAGGUGUUAGCUAGAGACCAGAUGAAGGUGGCGUUCUUUGGCCGUACCAGUAAUGGUAAAAGUACCGCAGUGAAUGCUAUGUUACAAGACAAGAUAUUACCAAUGGGUAUUGGCCACACUACAAACUGUUUCUUGAGUGUUCAUGGUUCAGAUUUACCUGAUGCUUACAUUUUAACACCAGAGAGUAAUGAUAAGAGGAAUGUUAAGGUACGUCAUCAAGGAGGGGGACACUUGAAAUCCAUGUACAUGUACCCACUACGGUAAAAAUGCAUGACUAAGAACCUGCAUUUUCCUAAGUUAGCCUAAAUGGGUUCUUACAUAGAUGGUAAUUAGCACAAAUAUGUAGGUUCUUAGAUAGAUUCUUACUUUUUGAAAGAAAAAAUAUAGUACAGUGUAUUAUAGUAG